GUAAACUUCUUCUAUCCUCACAAGCCACAAAUACAAAUACAAAUAUACAGCCUUUUUACUUUUUGUGACUUUGUUAUUUCUUUCACUUCUUUGUUUCUCCUGCUUUUAUUGUUGGGUUUCUGCUUAUCUUGCAUUUCCAUCUCUGGUUUUCUUGUAACUCUCUCUCUCUCUCUCUCUCUCUCUCUCUCUCUCUCUCUCUCUCUCUCUCUCUCUGUUCCGUGCAAGAAAACGCCAUGGAAUCUGGCAGAUUAUUUGGUGUUUGAUCCGUUAUAUAGACCUUUGAACCAAAGAAACCAGACACAUUCUACUUGUUAAGCGAGAACAUUGCGUACAAAUCUCAACUGGGAAAUUUGUGGGUAUUUGAGAUUUGAGAUGGGUGUGACUGGGGAUGGAAAUGUCUUUUCACUUCACUUGCUUUUCCUUGAUUCAUGAUUCUUGAGUUGAAUUUCAUCAAAUAUGGAGGGUUGUUAGCAUCAAAACUCACUUUUUGUGCUUGAUUUGGUAAAAAGGGGACGUAAGAAAUGGAAGCAGGGGUGAAUUAUAGGAACUGGGCAGAUCUGUUGCCCGAUGCACUUGGUUUGAUCUUCAGCAACCUUUCUCUUCAAGAAACUCUCACAAUCGUUCCAAGAGUCUGCAAAUCAUGGAAUCAAGCAGUGUUGGGUCCUUACUGUUGGCAAAACAUCAACAUUCUUGACUGGAGCUAUCGGUCAAACCCUGAUCACAUUGACCAUAUGCUCCGACUCCUUGUUACCAGAAGUGGUGGCGCCCUCCGGGAGAUCACUGUCUCCGGCAUCCUCAAUGAUCUCACUUUCUCAUUUCUCGCAGAUCAUUGUCGAUCGCUACAAACACUCCAAAUCCCAAGAUGUAACAUCAGUGAUACCAUUGUGGAACAAAUAUCUACAAAGCUAUUGGCUGUAACCUUCAUGGACUUAAGCUACUGUCGCAAGAUUAGUGCACGUGCACUAUCUGCAAUCGGGAAAUCCUGCAAGUCUCUGGUGGGAUUCCGGCGAAACAUGCAUCCAAUUGACAUCCAAGAGCGGCGGCCGCAGGCGGAGGAGGCGGUGGCAAUUGCCGCCACCAUGUCCAAACUGAAGCACCUUGAAAUGGCAUACAACUGUGUUGACACAAAGAACAUUGUGGAGAUCAUUGAGAAGUGUAAGGAGCUUGAGUUCUUGGAUGUUAGAGGGUGUUGGGAUGUGAAACUUGAUCAAGAUUGGCUGGAUAAGAGGGCUGUAAUGGUUAAGGUGUUGGGCCCACAUGUUGUGGAUCAGUUUGAAGGUCAUAGUUGCUCGGAUUAUUCGGAUACCGAUUCGUUUUAUGAUUAUGCGAGUUUGGAUGAUGGGCUAUGGGAUGAUGAUGAUGAUAUUGAUGAUGAUGAUGAUGAAGAUAGGGUUGGAGGGAGGUUAGAACUUAGGUUUUAUGAAGGGUUUAAUGAGAACUAUAGUAAUGGUUGGGUUUGAGGGGUUUCGGCAAGAGUAAUGUUAUAUUCGUCUCAACUUAUUUAUAAAAGAAUAUUUUUAGUAGACACUUGACAAUACUGAUAAAAAGUCUAAAUGUCUAUUUAGACUUUUAUCUGUCAAGUCUCUGCUAAAAAAAUAAGUUUAGAAAGAUAUAACAUUACAUUACUUGCUAGAAACCGCUUGUUUCUAAGUACUUAAAAAACUUUUCUUGUAUGUCGAUUAUUAUGAAUGAUGUUUGAAGUUUUGUUUAUCUUUGUAAGUGGGAAUUACUUUUCCUAGGGCAAAAAUGAUUGAAUCUUGAACAUUAUGUAUUGACUUGUAUCUUAUGCAGUAAAAGUUAUAUAUUGUUAUGGUACUUUUAUCA